GCAGACGAGAGAGAGAGAGAGAGAGAGAGAGAGAGAGAGAGAGAAAGAUGGAGGUGAGGGUCGGGGAGAGACUCCUGUGCCUUGCUGUGCUGUCCAGCGUCUUCUUCGUGGAUUCGGUCGUCGGGAAAUACGUGAAAGGCAUCGUCAACACUAAAGAGGACUGGGUUUUUCUCACUCGCUUCUGCUUUCUCACUGACUUUGGACGACUGGACUUCCGGUUCCGCUAUCCAAAGUCUCGCUGCUGUCAGAACAUAUUGCUGUACUUUGAUGACAGUUCUCAAUGGCCAGCUGUGUACAAGAGGCACGAAAAGAACUGCUACCAGAAGGAAGCAGUGCUGAGGCCCGAGAACAACCAGGUCAUCAACCUCACAACACGCUACACAUGGUCAGGAUGUGUGGUGGAGGGAGACGGGAAUGAGGAGGUUCUGAGCUGCGUGGGCGGCCGAAGUUUCCGCUCGGUGAGGGAGAGAUGGUGGUACAUCGCUCUCAGCAAGUGUGGGGGCGAUGGCUUGCAGUUGGAGUACGAGAUGAAGCUGACCAAUGGCCAGUCUUUCUGGACGCAGCAUUUCUCUGCAGAUGAGUUCGGAAUCCUGGAGACGGACAUCACGUUCCUGGUCAUCUUCUCCCUGGUGUUCCUCCUAUCCUGCUACUUUGCCUACAAUCUGAAGGGAAGACAGCUUCUUCACACAACCUACAAAAUGUUUAUGACGGCGGCGGGUGUGGAGGUGCUCAGCCUGUUGUUCCACUGUGUCUACUGGGGCCUGUAUGCUAGAGAUGGAGUUGGCAACGGCAGCCUGAAAAUACUCGGGAAAUUACUGUUCUCAGUCAGUUUCCUGGUGUUCCUCCUGAUGCUCAUAUUGCUGGGCAAAGGUUUCACUGUCACCAGGGCGAGGAUCAGUCACAGUGGGUCGGUUAAAUUAAGCAUCUACAUGACAGUCUACACAAUCACCUACGUCAUCCUCUUCAUCUACGAGGCAGAGUUCUUUGACCCAGGUGAAGUGCUGUAUGCUUACGACAGCCCCGCGGGCUACGGACUGAUGGGCCUGCAGCUGCUGGCCUACGUGUGGUUCUGCUACGCCGUGCUGGUCUCUCUGAAACACUACCCUGAAAAACAGCCCUUCUACAUCCCGUUCUUCACCACGUACACACUAUGGUUUUUCGCUGUGCCUGUUAUGGCUUUGAUCGCCAACUUUGGGAUUCCUCGGUGGGCCCGAGAGAAGAUCGUCAACGGCAUUCAGCUCGGCAUCCACCUCUACGCUCACUUCGUCUUCCUCGUUAUCACUCGUCCCUCAGCAGCCAAUAAGAACUUCCCAUAUCAUGUUCGGACGUCACAGAUUGGGAUCCUGCUGUCCAGUCCGAAAGCAGGCGAGGGGGCGGAGAGUUUCCCUCAUCAUGCCUACGGAAAUGGCUCCUUCCUCGGAGACUCCCAACCCAACUUCACUGAACUCUUCUCCAUCCAAUCAGAACCGGUGAAGACGGUGGAAGAGACGGUGGCCCGUAAAGGCCCCGAGGUGCCGAGGAACAGCGAGCAGAAGAUCAUCACCACUGCUGCAGACUUGACUGCGAUUUUGCCUCCGCCUCCGAUACCCCCACGCCCGGCCACACGCUCUCCCCCGCUGCCGCCCCGAAUCCCUUCCUUCACAGAGUAUUUCAGUAUGCAGACUGGAGGAGGCGGAGGAGGAGGAGGGUUCGGAACGAAGGCAUGAGAAAGGACAGAGGGCAUGACAGAGGGAGUUGAGGUGAAGAGAAUGGACAGAAUGACAAUACAACUUAAAAAAAAAGGCAGAGUGGAAAUGAAGGUGUAAGUGACGCCACGAAAAAAAGAUUUGGAUAAACAAAGCAGAGAAAUCAUCAGAAAAGUGAAUCCCUAAACGGUCCCUUUUCACCUAUGAAUGGAUAUAACCCGAAUAGAAGAGAAAGGGGAAAUGGCUGUCAGAUAGGAGUGCUAAAGAAUAAAGAAGCAAUAAAUAUUUGAUGUUGACCAGUAAAAGGCACACAGGGAGAAAGAUGACAAAGUGGAUGUAGCCAGAGCAAUAGGAUGAUAGCUGUGCAUGGGGUGGAAAUGAACAAAAUUCUUGAAAUACUUCUGUUCAAAAAUUCAUGAGGCAUUGAGGAUGUGUUUGCAGGAGUUUGUAAAUAGUUAAACUGAAGAGAGCUACCACUCUAUAUAGUUUUAUUUCAAAAAAGGAAAUUUGUUUUUAUUUUUUUCUCCACAUUGUUAAAUUCCAGUUGGUGCUGUGACCAUCAGAAAAAAAAUCUCAUGCCAUUAGAUUUAAACAAGUCAAGUAAAAAACAAAAAAGAAGACCUUUUUUAUGUUUGACACAUUUUGAUAAAGUAUAGAUAUUAUAUGGAGUUUGUUGGGUUCGUUUAUAUUCUUAUAUGCCUUCAUUGCAGCUGGUUAUUCUGGAUUGAUAUGCUGAUGUGUAAAUGUAAAAUGUCAAGUUUACUGUGGGCACUUCUAGGUACUCGUAAAACACGCAUGUUUGUAUUGUAUUUCCUGUCCAAAAAGCUGAUGUAUGUAACUCCAUGUGACCAUACAAUUUUCGCUUAUUGUGUAUUGAAAUCUAUACUUUUAUAAAUGCAUACAAUAGGCUUAAGUAUAUUUUUGACUGGAUAAAUUCUGUUAAUUGUUAUUCCAAUCAAAACUUUGCGCUGUCUUAAACAUGAAACCAGUAGAAUACUAUGUCGGUUUUAGUUUAAUUAUCACUGGAGUGCAGAAUAUGCCUGGUCAAAAUGUCAUUUCUGUGUAUGUAGACGUUGGUGAAUGUACUGAUGCAAUACAGCACAAGGACAGGGGUGAUUUUAAAGUUACCGGAGUAGUACAAUACUACUUUUGUCAAAUUUUCCUAUCUCUCUUAGGCUUUCAACUACAACAUUCAUGAUUUAAGUGUAGGGGGCUGCCUUUUUUUUUUUUUUUUUUUUUUUUUUUUUUUUUUUUUUUUAUAAAAUACAGGUAACUUCAUCCUCACCCUUGUCUAGUACCUGAAACAUGAAUAUUUGUAGGCUUUAUCUCACUUUAACGGUCAAACUGUGCGAAAAGCUGAACAAAUACUACUAGUUUUAUAUCCCCUAACAUUGAGCUAUGACAUAAAAAAGCCUUGUAGAUGAACUGUGAAAACGGCAACACAAAUGUACAUUUUGUCUGUCCUGCAUGGAGCACUUUAAUGUUCCUGGUCUUAGUCUGUUUAUUCGUGAUGAUGUCACCUUAUAAGACUGCUUUGAAACCUGUAUUCACACCACUCGGAGUAGUAAUUUAAAUGCAUACACCUGUAAAUACAGUCUGAAAAUGUCAUUGAUGGUCAGGACAUUAUAGGGAACAUAUCAUGCUCAGUUUACCACUAGCUUUCUGCAAUUCAGAAACUAAAACAGUGAAAGGACACUAACAAAUCCAUUUUUUAUCUCAACGCCGUUCAUUUAUUUCUGAUGCGUAAAAAUGGUGGAAUUUGGCUUAUAGUCCACAGAUUUAUCAAUGGCAAUCUUGCUGUCAUAGAGUACUUUAGGAUGUUAGGACUGUGGUGUGUAACUUGUAAGAUUGUAGUCAGAGGUGUUACUAACUCUGUGAAACAGAAUGAUACUCUAAACAGAGUACUAGUCGUUAUUUCUGAUUGUGUCCGGUUUAUAUUUGGCAUGUCUGCCAUUUCGUCUGCUGUUGCCUGUUGUUAUGGUUGCCAUGACUUGACUAAAUAGACGCUGGUUGACUCGAAUAACAGACAAGCUUACUGAUAGUGAAUCACUGCUUCAACAUUGUGUAUAUCGACAUACAAUUACAGGACUGAGACACGUAGUGGAGAGAACUUGAAGAAAAGAGAUUAUGUAUGCAUGACAGAAAACAGCACAGCUUUUAGGCUACUCAAAGCGAUCUGAUUAAGAGCACAUCACUGAAGCACUGUUUAAAUGCAUUUUAAUGGUGUCAAAUGACAAUUCUAAAUACGCUGUAUAUAUACAC